AUGUCAUGCUUUGAAGCCGGCCGAGAAUGCAUAGUCAGGGACGCCAACAAGGCCAUCAUGAUCCAUCACCUCGACUAUGACCAGAUCAGGUCCCAAGCAGCCCGGGGCAUCAUUGGGUCUCAGGAGGCCUUCUCAGUUUUCUCAAGCCCAUACCCUUUUUCCAAGCCGCUGAGCCGCCCGGAGCCCGCCGACGAACCGGCGCCCGGCCAAGCUGACGAGGGCCUGCCUGACGGUGAUACCGACCUCCUCGGCCUCCACUUUGACAGAGGAGACACCCAGGAGCCUCGCAAGCCUGCCCACCGUAGGCCUUUCUCCUUUGGUAAUCAGCUUCUUGUUUUCAUCACUUUCCAGAGAGGAGAGCUUUUCGUUGUGCGUUCGUGCCUUUCUUUCAAAUGCGCUUGCAACUUUCUUGUCAACCAAAAGAGUUCUAAGUGUCUUGGCACGGCAGUGAGCCGAGCGACACGUGUUCCUUCCGCAAUCUGGACUGGAUCCUAA